AUAAUUUUCCUCAUUUUUAUUUGGAGCGUUCAAUCAUCAAAGUAGUAAAGUAAGUAAAGUAAAGUGAAGUAAAAAUGAGUUAAGCUGAAUUUUCUUUUCAAGCUUUCAGAUCUUAUAUCAAAUUUUACAAUAACCCUGGGUUAUCUUAACCCAGCUUUGAAAAACCCGGCCUAGACCUUUUUUUCAUGUAAUCUUAUAUGUAUGAUGGUGGCAGUGAACAAACCGCUCAGAGAUAAGCGAUAAUUGUACGCGCAGAACCUGCGCAUUUUUCGAGUUAUCCCACUUGAAAAGAGAAAAAAAAGCGCGAAAACACUCGCUUUUGGACGCGGAAGGAUACCUUUUUCACGUUUUUCUGUAAGGAAAAAUUGAAGUUUGCAAAAAAAUCUGAUUUUGGCGAAAAGUCUUAGAAAAGACUUCUUUGACUCAACACUCUGAGUCACUUCAGGCAUCGGGAACCAGGAUAAGCUCCGGUGAUGUGGGUCCCUAUGCUUUUAAACUGAAUUUACCUACCAUAUGUGAUCAUUGAUUUGUUCUGUAGGUGACAGAUACAAUCCACCCUUGCCAUUUGCUAGUUUACUUCACUUGAACCUGGCAAACAAUCUCAUAUUUGAAGAAGAUGGCCUCUUAGCACUGAUGGGUUGGCCAUCCCUCAGAGAACUUGUAAUAUGGGGCAAUCCGCUGACAACUGCAUUCAAAGGAGAUCCCCCUGUUCUUUCGCUUCAACUUGGACGAUUGAAAGGAGUGAGGAUUUUCAGGUACGGUCAAAAUAUUUACGGUGUGAAAGAGAACCAAGAAAUGUUAUGAAGUCUGGCUGUUUUAAGGGUUAAACAUUGUUGGACAAACUCUGUGCUCUCAGUAACUGUUGCUGCAUAUACAAGCUACAUUGAUGUGCCCGUGCUCAAGCUUUAUAUUUGAUACGGGUCUUAUUUAUUACUAAAGUUUAUUAUCAUUGUUGGAAACAUCAUCUGUGGAAAAGUGUUGAAUGAAUACUUGUUCACUGCAGGCAUAGUAACGUAGGAACGAUUUCUGCCAAUAUGUUAGUGUGACUGCUGCAGUGUAGUGGAAACAAGUUGCUCUCUCAUGCUCAAGAAGCUGCUGUAAUACUGUUUCUCGCAGGUGGUUUAGUUCUUACAGCCUGAAAACAAAAUGCAUCACCGUCUUUACAGCGUUCGCAUAUGCGUGGAUGUUUGAUCCUAACGUUUAAUUUAACUCGCUUUGGCGUUAAAUAUUGAUAAGUGUAGGACUUACCAUCUGAGCUACUUGUAGGUGAUCUUAAACUUUGUCUUUCUGAGAAGCUGCCCAUUAUUUUAGUUCUAUUCUGUUCUAAUAUUGUUCCAUGGUUCUAAUUCGCAUAUCAACAGACAAAAGCCUCCGAAGAGACCAAAGCCAAUUGUGAACUUAGCAAACAAUCAAAGAAAAGUAAGUCCAAAAGUCUACUUAAUGUCUUUAUUUAUAAAUCUUUAAUGGUAUUGCCAGAAAAGCUGUGUAUAUUUUGGCGUACAUGUAUACAAGGAAAUUUUUGGAGCGCAAUCUACUAGGUAAUACACGAAGAACCUGAACAGAAACGCGGUUUCUAUUCUUUAGCGGUUGUGGGGUUUUCCUUUUGGACUUAUUAAUAAAUAAGUUUGUUAGUUUUUUUCUGAAUUUUUUUUUUAUUAAAAAUCAUAGGUUAAAGAUACACUUCCCCCGAUGCCCAAGAAGCAAAACCUGGCGAUGCUAGAAGCUCCUCCCGAGCCAAAAUCAACCGCACAUGUCGGUCCACCAUACAAGACAUUGCCACCAAUUGGAUCAGCCCCUCCCACGGGACGGCAGCGUGAUACUGCCACCCCGAGAAAACUCUCUACCGCGCCUGGCCUCGCUGAUACAACACCCCGAGGCGACCGUCCCUCUUUCAGCCGGACUAACACUACACCUCUCGAGUUUCCCGAGUCAGCGGCUUACCAGUCCGGUCACACUACAAGACAGACAAUGAAGACAGAGGGAGACGCUACUGCCAGUGAAAGUUUGGAAACUGCUGAUGGGCGACAUCAACCUCGAGCAGAAAAGCAUCUCAAUUCUGAGGACGGAUUUUUUAUGACUCAAGUAAGAAAUUUCGCUUUUGAAUUACAAAUUAUUUGCUGUUUCUCGAACCCUAGCGGCAAUCUAACCUUUUCACUCCCGGGAUUAAGAAAAAAAGUAGUUUCUUCUUAUUGUAUUGUUAUAAGUUAAACCUUGUUUCGUUUUGAAUACAUGCUUGAAGUUAUGUUAUGCGCUAUGUUGUGCGAAUGAAGAAAAAGCUGAAAAUUAGAAUUUUUUCAUGUCUCGCGGUCACUUGUGAGAGGGUUGGUUUCAUGGGUGUUUUUGUUUGGUUUUUACAACAGAUCGAUGAACAAGAAGAUGCACAGAACGUUGAAGCCCCCCUGCGAAAGGCAAAGGAAGACAGAGAGAAAGAGCGACCCUUUAGCGUGGAAACAAAGUACAAAGGUUACGAGGAUCUGUUAGAUGUUGAUGAAGGUGACCCCGAUGUUAUAGUACCAAAGGAUCUUCAGGGAAGUGUACGAGCUUUAAACUACGCCUUGGCUCAUCCUUUGAUCUUCAGUGAACCUCAUGGAACUUACAAAGAAAAGAGGGUUAAGAAGCCUCAAGUAAGUGUUCGUUUAUCUAAUAAUACAUUGAUAGAUACGCCUAUGUCAGUCUUCGAUUCCCGAUACUCCAAACUCAAUACCUGGGAGUAUCGACUAUCGUUAAUCGAGAAUCGGGAAACGAUGUUCCUCCUCCAUAAUCGUUAUUUGAUGCUCACGAGUAUCGGGAAUCAUGCAAGGAUUAAGGUUCCAAUAUGAUUGAGUAUCUACUCGAUACCAAGAAUUGAGAACCGAGUAUUGAUGGUUAAACACUCAUUUAUUGAGGAGUUGUGCGUGACAGUGACGCAUGCUUGACAUCAUUUAUAUAUGAGAUGUUGUGGAGGUGUCUGUUGUAAAUAGUCGGUUACCUUUUUAGUAGAAUUUCGUUCCAGCCUUGGUACAAAGCUGUUCAAAUGACGCAUGCGCUGUUUUCAGUCAAUGUCAUGAAUUAUUCACUGAAAAGUAUCUCCACAGCUUCCUGUUUAAUUAUGUGCACAGGGUGUGUACAUCUCUUACACUGUAUGUCAUUUUUGCAUUUUACAGACUGUGUCAACAUCAACGGGGACGAAGUCUCGGCAAAGCAAAGUAGAGGAACUCGGGGGAAUUUUAGACAAGAUGCGAGUCCAGUCCAAGACGAAAGAAUCCAACCUAGGUUGGUUUUUCAGAGUAAUCUGUCCUUGAUUUUGAUUUAAGUAAUCUUUAAAGGUCUACGGAAAAAAAAAUACGACAAACAAGUCAUGUUUAAUGGAGAAAUGCAAAGCUUAUGGUCAAGAAAAUUUAGUCUCAGUCAUCACUGGUCUUUUUUGUUUUGCGAUUUAGAAACUGCUCUCCAAGAUUUGAAGAAGGAUCCAAAGCUUAAACAAGAAUAUCGUGAGGCUAAAAAGCUUUUGAAUGAGGUAUGCUUAGAUUUCAAAUAAUUUUUUUCCAAGUAUUUUUCUAUGGGAGCUCUAUGCAGGAGAAAUGUCCUCCCCCCGCACUCUCCCUUACACUGAGUCAUGUAAAUUGCGCAUUGUGUUAAACCAAGCCUUCGCUGCUAACCAAGGAAAUUUACAUUUAUUUAUAGAAAAGAAAUAAUGAAGCCUUAUCUUCCUGAAAGCAGCCGUUUUUGUCAGUCACAGCUCAUUUGUCUUGUAUGAAUUAAGCUUUUUAAAAACAAAUGUGUUGUUUCCAACUCCACUAGGUCCAAACGAAGUACAACGAAGUUCGAGUAGCUUCGCUGAAACCGACGUCCACUGCCCUAGAGCUCUUCGGAACACGACCCGAAGAACGAACGAAAGAAAAAAAAACUCGAAACUUCGCUACUCCUCAAGCAGGAGUAGAAACUCUGGGAAGCAACAAGAAUAUCGCAAAGGAACUCAGACGAUUCAAAGAGAAAAUAGACAGUCGAUUAUGA